AUGGUCUUAAACGGCAAUUGGAAUAGCAGUAACAUUCCUGUUGUAACUGCUGCUGUUACCUCUUGGAUACCCGUCCCUCUCAUCAUCAUCUCUUGUUCUGCCUGCUUGCCAUCACUACUGCUGCUACGGAAGAGUUCACCAAAUUCUUUCCCUCUUCUAUAUUUCUUUUACUUUGGCCUGUUGCAUUCUUUCUUGGACCAUUCCUGUCUGCAGCUAUCAUCCUUUCUGUCCCCGUCUCCUCCUUGUCUCUCUGCAUCUGCCAGUGUGUCACUCUCUAAUUCCUUAAUGAAAUCCUUAUCUCACCAAAUACCCUCAACUUUUCUCACUUUCUCUCACUAUACUACUGGUUCCCUUUCUUUCUUUCUUUCUUUCUUUCUUUCUUUCUUUAGCACUUUUUUUUAUCCUUUUCAUUUCCCUUUUUUCCUUCUUUCUGGCACCCUUUUUCUUUCUUUUUUUCUUUCUUUAUCACUUUUUUUUAUCCUUUUCAUUUCACUUUCUUUCCUUCUUUCUGGCAUCCUUAUUGGUUCUUUCUUUCUUAACUUCUCUAGCACUUUUUCAUUCUUUUCGUUUCUCUUUCAUUCUUUCUGGUUGACUUUCUUUCUUAACAUCUCUUGCACUUUUUCUUUUUUUCUUUCUUUCUUUCUUUCUUCUUUCUUUGUCUCGUUUUUUUCUUUCUUCCUUUUUUCCCCUCCUUCCAUCCUUCCUUAUCUUCUUUCUUUCUUCUUCCACUUUCUUUCUUUACUAUAG